AUUAAAAAAAUUCGUUGUGAAAAUCUUAAAUCAAUGUUUGGCUAUAAAUUUAUUAUUUUGAUCAUAUUUUUGACAAUAUUUGGACAUAUCUGUGAAUCCUACUGUAAUUUAUUCCCAAAUGAAACGAUACAUCAUAGUGAAGAAAUUAGUUUAUCGUUGCGAGAUAUAUUGCCAUUACGUUCGAAACACUAUGAUAAAAAUCGUGCACCGAAAUUAUCUGGCCAAGCAACGGUUGUAUAUUUUCAUGUAACAGUUUUAUCAUUGGAUUCAAUUAAUGAAGAGUCAAUGACUUAUGUAACCGACAUAUUUUUGGCUCAAAGUUGGAGAGAUCCACGAUUACGAUUACCGGAAAAUAUGAGUGAAGAAUAUCGUAUAUUGGACGUAGAAUGGUUGCAUAGCAUAUGGAGACCUGAUUGUUUUUUUAAAAAUGCGAAAAAAGUUACGUUUCAUGAAAUGAGCAUUCCAAAUCAUUAUCUUUGGCUGUAUCAUGAUAAAACAUUAUUAUAUAUGUCUAAGCUAACAUUGGUUUUAUCAUGCGCCAUGAAGUUUGAAUCGUAUCCACAUGAUACUCAAAUUUGUUCAAUGAUGAUUGAAAGUUUAUCUCAUACAAAUCAUGAUUUGGUAUUUCUAUGGAAUCUAACUGAUCCACUGGUUGUAAAUCCAGAUAUUGAGUUACCUCAAUUAGACAUCUCACAAAAUUAUACCGCUGACUGCACCAUUGAAUAUUCAACUGGUAAUUUUACGUGUUUAGCAAUUGUUUUUAAUCUACGCCGUCGGCUUGGCUAUCACUUAUUCCAUACGUAUAUUCCAUCAGCGUUAAUUGUCGUUAUGUCAUGGAUAUCAUUUUGGAUAAAACCUGAAGCAAUACCAGCGCGUGUCACACUUGGUGUAACGUCAUUGUUAACAUUGGCAACACAAAAUACGCAAUCACAGCAAUCUCUACCACCGGUAUCAUACGUAAAAGCGAUUGAUGUAUGGAUGUCAAGUUGUUCCGUUUUUGUAUUUCUAUCGUUAAUGGAAUUUGCGGUGGUUAAUAAUUAUAUGGGACCAGUUGCAACCAAAGCUAUGAAAGGAUAUUCGGAUGAUGAUAUACCAUCGGAUCUAGAUGAGUACAAGGAUGUGGAGCCUAGACCAUCAUUAGUAUUACCACAAUACGAAACAUUCUGUAAUGGACGUGAAAUUGCUGUUUACAUUGAUAAAAUGUCUAGAUUUUUCUUUCCAUUUUCAUUUUUCAUUUUAAAUAUAGUAUAUUGGUGUACAUUUUUAACGUGA